GUUCUUGCGGUGCUAUAUGUAAAACUGAGGGCGUUGGUGCUCCGUCCAGUGCUCGUCUACCAUGGGUGCCGCUGCCAUCAACAAGCGGCUCCUCGUAGUACUAGUCGCCGCUUGCGCCACCGUCUCCAGCGUCGGCGCUGCCGUCUGCAUGCCACCGGAGCGAGAUGCUCUGCUGGCGUUCAAACGCGGGAUCACCAGCGACCCGGCAGGCCGCCUUGCUUCCUGGCGGCGAGGUGGUGACUGCUGCCGGUGGAGGGGCGUCCUGUGCAGCAACCGGACUGGCCAUGUCCUCGAGCUUCAACUUGGAAUUGAUGAGAAGAUGUAUUAUGAUCAGUCCUACUUCAGUGGCAAGAUAAGUCCGUCUCUAUUUUCUUUAGAGCAUCUUGAGCACCUUGAUCUCGGCGACAAUUCGCUAGAUUUCCCAAGUGUUGGUUAUUCUUCAAAUUUAUUACUAGGUUCUCUGAAGAGACUGAGAUAUCUAAACCUCUCCAACAUAAGAUUUGACCACACGCUUCCCGCCCAGCUUGGUAACCUCUCUAAGCUGCAAUAUCUUGACCUUUCCUACACGAUAAGUAGCGUGCAACCAACCGAUUUGUCAUGGUUAACACGUCUACCUUCGCUACAACAUCUUGACCUGAGUGGGGUAAAUCUCAGCAAGGUACAUGAUUGGCCUCAUAUAGUCAAUAUGAUUCCUUCUUUGCAAGUUCUAUAUCUUUCUUCAUGCUCGCUUCAAAAUGCAAACCAACGGCUCCCGCGCUUGAGUCUCACAAAACUUGAGAGGCUCACUCUCAGCGAAAACAAUUUUUAUCACCCAUCCGAAUCCUGCUGGUUUUGGAACUUGACAAGCCUCAAGCACCUCGACCUUCAACAUAGUCUCUUGUAUGGUCAAUUUCCAAAUACACUUGGAAAAAUGACGUCCCUCCAAGUCUUUGACUUUUCAUUCAACGGCGACACACGCCUCAAAGACGGCAUUAUUAUAGUGCCAAACUUGAUGAGAAACCUAUGCAAUUUGGAAGUUCUGAACCUUGAAUCAUGUCGCUUGAGUGGGAGCAUGGCAGAUUUAUAUGAGAGCUUACCACACUGCUCCUCCAGCAGACUGCGGGAGUUGAAUUUGGGUGGAAACAAUAUCACUGGGACCCUACCAGCAGGGAUUGCCAAUCUUACCAGCUUGGUCACUCUCGACCUCUCUUUUAACCAUUUGACUGGACCAGUGCCGUCUCAGAUUGGUAUGCUCAACAAUCUGACUUACAUAGACCUAGGUUACAACAACUUGACAGGUAUCAUCACGGAAGAACACUUUGCUGGUUUAACGAGCUUACUAUACAUAGAUUUCUCUCAGAAUCUCUUGAACAUCGUUAUACACCCUAAUCGGCUACCCCCCUUGAGAUUAAAGACCGCAAAUUUUGUAUCUUGCCAAAUGGGUCCUGGUUUUCCUUCCUGGCUUCAACGGUUGGCUGGUGUUGAUUACUCCAUUGAUAUGUCAGAUACGGGUAUAGCCGAUCAGUUUCCAUCUUGGUUUUCUAAAACGCUAUCACGGGCUAAUUCUUUGGACUUCUCGUCGAAUCAAAUUAACGGAAGCUUGCCGAAAAAUUUGGAAAUGAUCAUGUCACUGAAUUAUCUCAGUCUAGAUGGAAACCAAAUAACCGGUGAAAUACCUCCAUUGCCGAGAAACCUCAUCUAUUUCUCCGUGUCAAACAAUGCUCUGUCUGGCCGUGUUCCAGCUUCUAUAUGCAAAUCCCAGCAGUUACAACACUUGAAUUUAGGCAACAACAAUUUAGUUGGAGAAUUUCCUAAGUGUCUCGAGAUGAGAAAUAUAACAGAUCUUGUUUUAAGUAACAAUAUGUUCUCAGGAAAGUUCCCACCUUUUUUGCAAAGCUGCACGGAUAUAAGUUUUUUAGAUCUAUCAGGAAAUAAGUUGUCAGGAACUUUGCCUAUCUGGAUUGGAGACUUUGAGAAGAUACUCUACCUGCGACUGAGCUACAACAUGUUCACUGGGAGCCUUCCGUUCAGUAUCACCAAUCUUAGAGAAAUGUAUGAUUUGAAUCUGGCAGGCAAUAGAUUUUCAGGCAUCAUACCUUGGAAUCUGUCAAAUUUAAGGAGCAUGGUAGAGAAACAUGGGUAUCGCCGGGGCGUAAUGCAACCUUUUGAUAAUUUUUCUGUGGUCACGAAGCGGCAAGAACUUUAUUACGGAGAUAGACUUGAAGACAUGGUCACCAUCGACUUGUCCUUGAAUUUCUUAAGUGGGGUAAUUCCAGAAGAAAUCACUUCUCUCAUCGGACUGGUGAAUCUGAAUUUGUCAUGGAACUACUUGAUCGGAAAAAUUCCACACAAUAUCGGGUCCAUGCCAUCACUAGAGUCACUGGACCUAUCAAGGAACAAACUUUCAGGAGUAAUUCCGCCGAGCCUCUCAAAUCUAACAUAUUUGGCCUGGUUGGAUUUGUCAUACAACAACCUGUCGGGAAGAAUACCGUCAGGAUCACAACUUGACACACUGUACGACAAUGAUCCAUUUAUGUAUAGCGGCAACAGUGGUCUUUGCGGGCCUCCUCUCCAACUGAAUUGUUCAGGAGGUAAUAAUGCAACAAGGCUAGGUGAUCGUGAUCGAAAGAGAAGUGCGCAUGUCCAUGAUCUGAUGUUCUUUCACGUUGGGCUUGGGUCAGGGUUUGUUGUUGGUCUUUGGGUGGUGUUCUGUACAAUGCUCUUCAAGAAAACAUGGAAAGUUGCAUAUUUUACGCUUUUCGACAAGUCAUGUGAUAAGCUAUAUGUAUUCGGUGUUCUCACUUGGACAAGAUUGGCGGAGAAGACAUUGAAGCUAAUUCGGAAGCUUGGCUAGAACUGCCACUGCAAAUAGAGUCCAAUUACAUAAUAGUAGCUUGUGCGCUUUCCUUACAGUUAAUCUGGCUAUUAUUAGAAGAUAAAUGUGUUAGAGAUGUAUAGCCCUCUUUACUGUAUAUACUUAUUGUAUAAGCGGUUACCUACACUUUGCCUCACAUGAACUACCUCAGGCUGUUUUAGUCGACGCGGUCCUUAGUUCAGUACGUGCACGCGGGCAUGAACUAGCUGCAUGCACGUACUGAACUAAGGCCCAUGUCGAUUAAAGCAUCCGGAGGGAGUACAUGUCCGGAGAGAGUAUAUGUCUUGUGAAUGCUAGUGAUCUAUAGCCCUCUUUACUGUAUAUCCCAUUGUAUAGGGAUUUUCUGCACUUUGUCUCACAUGUACAUGCAUUGGCCUCUUUACUGAAUA